AUGCAGCUCCUCCGUUCAGCCUUAGUUUUCUCGCUCUCGAUGCUUUCAGUCUCAGCCAUCAACAUCACUGGUGUAUUUAGGUGCCCUGGUCUUGCAGAUGACGUGAAAGCAAAAGAAGUGGUAGAGAAAGUUGACAGUAUUACCAUUAAAACGGAGAAGACAGAUUGGUAUAACUUCGAAGAGAAUGGCGUUAAAUAUCAAUAUCACCACCUCUUUAUGCAAGAUGAUCCUAAAGACUCUAAAGAUAUUAUGAUUGCGGUGAAUGAAGACAAAAGUUUGGUAAAAGUUAGCAUCUUUCAUGGUGGUAUAUAUUCGGAGUGCCUGCAUAUUCCGGCAGAAGACACAGAAAACCCAAAGGGCAUGGCUUCAAAAGGGAGUGUCUCACGAGUCCAGAGGAAAUGA